AUGACCAGAACUUUGGGGCUCCUUGGCCGGCACCCGCUGCUAUCGCUUGUCUUGCUGUUGUCUUGGCUCGCGGCCGCGGUGGAGGCGCAGGGCGUCGCCGAACUCCUCUCCCAGAUUCCCAGUUGCGCUCUUCCAUGUCUCACGCAAGGUCUGGCAGAUGGUAACUGCAGCUUAACAUCGGCCGUCACCGCUGCCGACUGCCUGUGUCUCAACAUCCCGCUGCAGUCGGACUUAUCGACAUGUGUGCAGCUCAACUGCCACUUUGAAGAUCAAGCACGUGCCGCGAGUCUCGAGACGAGCCUGUGUGCCGCGUAUCCAAAGGAGUCGAGGAGCCACGAGGUCAAGACCAUCGCCAUUGUCCUGUCGGUUAUUACGUUCCCGGUUGUUGCACUCCGCUGUAUCUCGAGAUGGAUGAUUACCCGAAGGCUGUGGUGGGACGACUGGACAGCUGUGUUUGCAACGGUGCUCCUCGCCGGACUCGCAGGCAUCGAAAUCGCGAGCGCCGACCUGGGCUUCGGGACGCACUACUGGAACGUCGAACUGGCCGCUGGAACGAAGCUGAUCCAGCUCUUCUACGUCGUCCAGCAGCUCUACAUCCUCAUCCAGGUCUUCGCCAAGAUCUCCAUCCUGCUUUUCUUCUCCCGCAUCUUCCCUGCGCGCUGGUUCCAGCUGACCGUCCGCUACUUCAUCACCUUCCUGCUGAUCCACGGCCUCGUCUUCCUCCUCGUCAUCGUCUUCCAGUGCACGCCCAUCUCGUCAACGUGGGACAGGAGCAACCCGGACCGCAAGUGCCUCAACGUCACGGCCAUCGGGUACGCCGGCGCCGUCCUCAGCAUCGUCGAGGACCUGGUCAUCCUAGUCCUGCCAAUCCCCGAACUAGUCAAACUGCAGCUCAACAUCCGAAAGAAGAUUGCACUGGGCUUCAUGUUCAGUCUCGGAUCAUUUGCCUGCAUUACUACCAUGGUCCGACUCAAGUAUUUGGUCAUGUUCUCGAGCACCUUUGACACAACCUGGGACAACGUCGACAUCGUCAUCUGGUCCAUCGUCGAGGAAUUCUGCGCAAUCCUCUGCGCGAGCCUCCCGGCCCUGCGCCCGCUGCUGCAAAAAGUGCCUCAGCUCUUCACCAGCAAAAAGGAGACGACCAAGGAAACCCGCAGCACGGCGCAGUCCAGGCGCUCGAUACUCCACAUCGGCAAGGACAAGUUCCACGAACUCCCGGAGACCCCGGUCAGCGGCGUAGACGACGACGACGACGACGACGAGGACCAGCCGCCGGCGCUGAUCGACAUCGCCGACCAGAUGGCGGCCCAGGCGGACGGCAAGCGGCCGGUGGUCUUUGCGAAAGACAAGGAGACGACGGUCAACUGGCGCGCCGACGUCGAGUUGCAAAACGUAAAGGAAGGGAAGAGGUGGCAAAAGAACGUCAACGGGAGGCUCUAA